UUGUCCAAACUUUUUUUUUCUGAACGUUCCCGAGCUGUGACUUUGACUUUUGCAACAAGAAAAAAAAAUCAGUUUCUACACCAAAGUCUUACAUGUCAAACUGAAUUAGUUUCAUUAAAAAUCGAAUAUUUUUGUAAAAGUUUAAUCAAUUAAACAUUACGGCAAUCGCCAGCACCAAUAAAAUGGCACCAAAAGAAAGAAAUGUGGCGAUGAUGGGCGCACGAUCUGUGGGUAAAUCAUCGCUCAGCAUUCAAUUUGUUGAAGGACAAUUCGUCGAUUCGUAUGAUCCGACGAUUGAGAACACAUUCACAAAAAUCACCCGUGUCAACGCAACAGACUAUGAAGUGAAAUUGGUUGACACUGCCGGUCAGGAUAUGUACAGCAUAUUUCCCGCUCAGUACAGUAUGGAUUUUCAUGGCUACGUUUUAGUAUAUUCCAUAACUAGCAGCGAAUCAUUCGAAGUGGUACAAAUCAUAUACGAGAAACUGUUGGACGUAAUGGGAAAACCAAAUGUUCCAGUGGUUCUGGUUGGCAAUAAAACUGACUUGCAUCAAGAACGAGCUAUUUCGACCGAAGAGGGCAAACGAUUGGCUGAAUCAUGGAAGGCAUCAUUUCUGGAAACGUCUGCUAAGCAAAAUGAGUCAGUAGCUGAUAUAUUCCAUUCACUCUUAGUACUAAUUGAAAAGGAGAACGGUAAUAAUCCGCAGGAGAAGAGCAAUUGUACAAUUUCCUGAGCACAGAUACGAACGCACGACAAGACCUCAAUGCAACUGAAAGCAGUAUAUUUUUCAAUUAAUUUUUUUUUAUGUUGAAAGUGUACUCUCUACCUGAUCUAUAUACACUCUAACAAAGUAAAUUAAGUGAGCGAGUCCAGCAAAAAAAAUUUCUAUGAAAAAAAAAAUUAUUAUUUUUUCUUUGCAAUAAUUUUCCCGUUAGAAAAUGUAGUAAAAAUCUAAAUAUCAAUGUCAAUGAGAAUCAUAAAAUAUGUAAACCGUAUGUACAGUUGUGUUCAGUAUGUCUAAAUGAUUUCCUUCUUAAGUUAACGUCUAAUAAAAACAAAUUAUUUUAAUCUUCUCAAACCAA